GCAAGGGCCUUUCAUUUCUUCGCAUUUCAAGCCGGCUUCCCCCCAUCUGGUGCCUUCCAGAGGUGUCGCAAUACCUCUUACAGAAACUUCCAGGUUACUUUCUCAGGGAUGACUCAGUUAGGUGCCAUUGCAGCUUUGGCUGCCAGCCUUGUGGCAGCUGCUCUUUUUUCUGCAAUACACAAGAUUGAAGAAGGACAUAUUGGUGUUUACUACAGAGGAGGGGCCCUCCUGACAUCCACAAGUGGACCUGGUUUCCAUCUAAUGCUCCCCUUCAUAACUUCCUAUAAAUCAGUACAGACCACCUUACAAACAGAUGAAGUAAAGAAUGUUCCAUGUGGCACAAGUGGAGGAGUGAUGAUCUAUUUUGACAGAAUUGAGGUUGUGAACUUCCUGAUCCAGAGUGCUGUAUAUGAUAUAGUGAAGAACUAUACUGCAGACUAUGACAAGGCCCUCAUCUUCAACAAGAUCCACCAUGAGCUCAACCAGUUUUGCAGUGUUCACACACUUCAGGAAGUUUACAUUGAAUUGUUUGAUCAGAUUGAUGAAAACCUAAAACUGGCUCUCCAACAAGAUCUGACAUCAAUGGCUCCAGGGCUCAUCAUACAGGCCGUCCGAGUUACAAAGCCAAACAUCCCAGAAGCAAUUCGAAGAAAUUAUGAGCUCAUGGAGAGCGAGAAGACAAAACUGUUGAUUGCAGCCCAGAAGCAGAAGGUGGUCGAGAAAGAGGCAGAAACAGAGCGCAAAAAGGCUCUUAUUGAGGCAGAAAAAAUUGCCCAGGUGGCUGAGAUAACAUAUGGGCAGAAGGUGAUGGAAAAAGAAACAGAGAAGAGAAUAUCUGAGAUUGAAGAUGCUGCAUUCCUUGCCAGAGAAAAAGCAAAAGCAGAUGCUGAAUGUUACACAGCCAUGAAGAUAGCAGAAGCCAACAAGCUAAAACUGACUCCAGAAUACUUGCAGUUGAUGAAAUACAAAGCGAUUGCCUCCAAUAGCAAAAUCUACUUUGGCAAAGAUAUUCCCAACAUGUUUAUGGACCACGCUGGGACUCCCACUAAGCUUUCCGAAGGACAGGCAGAGGACUUAAGAGAUGAAAGCUGGCUGGAAGCAGGUCAAGAUUUGUGAAGUCAGGAAUGGCCAGAAGGUCAGCAUAACCCUGUUUGAAUCAAUUGAACUGGCAUCUGGCUACUCGAUGUGCGCUCUCUAUCUUCCAGGAUGUGGGGAAGCAUUAGGCCAGAAAGAAAAACACCCUGUCUGUUCUGAAAAGACAACCUGAAAAAGCAUCGCAGCUCAGGCUUCUGACUUAAUCUUUCUUAGCAGUCAGAUGCACUGUCUUAUUGAUCUUCAUGCCAAUGGAGAAAGCAACAGUGAAUCAUGCUAAAGAAUUUGCAGUGUUCCAUGAUUGACUCUCCCUCCCCUUCAAUAAGAUGAAACAUGCUCAAUUUUAUUUUUGGAGCAAGAGAAACCUUCUCAUGUGAGAAACCCUGCUAUCCCG